UUUCUUCACAAAAUGCAACCUGUGGAACUCCUUGCCAGAGGACGUUGUGAAGACCAAGAUCAUAACAGAGUUAAAAAAAGAACCUAUUAAUUAUUUUCAUGAAAUGCAGAAUAUUUUGGAAGGGACUGUGGUCCAGUGACUAGCACAAGGGACUGCAAUUGUCUUGUUGUAUGAUCUUCAGAACAUUUUACCUCCUUGGGCCCCAGUUUUCCCAUCCUCAAAAUGAGGCUAAUGAGACAUAUCCAUAAUUAUAAAGUGCUUUGAGAUCUAUAGAUGAACAUCACUCGUUUUAGUAGUCAUGAUGGCACCGGAGGAGAUGACUGUCCCAGACGUGACGGUGAAGAUGGUGGCGCUCGUCAUGGUGGUGACCAUCCCAAACACGAUGGGGGAGACGGUGGCGCCCGUCACGGUGGGGGAGACGGUGGCACCCGUCAUAAAGGUGACCGUCCCAGAUACACCAGGGAAGACAGUGGCGCCCGUCACGGAGGCUACCAUCACGGAGGCGACCCUCACAGACACACCGGGGAAGACGGUGGCGCCUGUCACAGAGACGACCGUUCCAGACAAGAUGGGGGAGACGGUGGCGCCUGUCACAGUGGUGACCCUCCCAAACACGAUGGGGGAGACAGUGGCGCCCGUCACAGUGGUGACUAUCCCAAACACGAUAGGGGAGACGGUGGCGCCCGUCACAGUGGUGACCGUCCCAAACACGAUGGGGGAGACGGUGGCGCCUGUCAUAAAGGUGACCAUCCCAGACACGCCGGGGAAGACGGUGGCGCCCGUCACGGAUGCUACCAUCAUGGAGGCGACCCUCACAGACACACCGGGGAAGACGGUGGCGCCUGUCACAGAGGCGACCGUUCCAGACAAGAUGAGGGAGACGGUGGCGCCCACCACGGAGGCGACAGUCCCAGACACGCUGAGGAAUAUAUUGGUGCUGCCCAUCAUGGACGCAACCGUCACGCAGGCAGCGGAAGAGACGGUGGCGCCCGUCACGGAGGCAACCGUCCUAGGCAUGACGAUGACCAUAGUGCUUGGACAUAAAAAAAUCUCAACUUCAGGGCUGCCAUCAGUAAAAAGCUUCUCAAGUUCUACAAUGAAAAUAAGUAGAGAAUCAACAUUCUUUUUCAAGUCUACUGCUAAAGAACUAACUUUGGAGGACAAGAAGUUAGUCAGAUCAACCUCUACCAACCUGACUUUUGGGCCAGAGAAAGAACAGCAAACAUCUGAACUAGAGAUAGGACUCAGCAUUUUCUUUGGGAUACUCCUUAUUAUUGUCAUCAUUGUUUGUUGCUGUAGGUGGAAAAAGUCAAGAAAAAGCUCAUUUGACUUGAACUCAAUAGAAGCAACUAUUCCCUUAAAUACCAUUGAAACAAAAGAACCAAGCUCAGAUGGGGAGAAGAAAUGAAAGCACUCUCACUUAAUAGCCAUUCAAGAAGAUCUCACAAAAAGAACUAAUAUGGCUGAAUCACCAGAGAAAUUAAAAUGGAUUGAAAUUCAAAGAGAUCCACUGGCACUCUCAAUAGUGUAAACUUCUUUUUAAAUGGCACAUUUUGGAGUGUUCCUGAAUCUAGUCAUAGUAAUAAGCAGAUAUUCAUUGGUGCUGGCUGCUACAAAUCUUUAUUCAUUGCCUGUUACUUUUUGGUUGUGGAAAAAAGCUCGCCUUACUUUAAUAUAGUUAUCUAUGGGCCACAUUCCACCAUUUAGGCACAAAUCUGCAUCAGCAUAUGAGGAACUGGGGGAGGCAUAAUCCCUCUCCCAGCUCUCCAGCAUUCAGAAGAAACAUGCCAUGGCCCUUCCUCUUCCUGCCCCAGCCUGCUUCCUUUAGAGGAUUUGUGGCCUUUAGGGUGCACAGCAGGAAGGAGUCACGGAGGCGGGCAGUCUUUGUGCUUCCCUGAGUAUAGGGACUGGGGUCUUUCUGGGCCCUUAUGUGGAGCUCCUAAGAAGUGAGGGGAAAACUAUUUAUGCCUCCUGCUCCCACCAAUUCAUCCGUCCAAAAGCCUGUGAAAAUCUAGCCCUUAAUUAUUUGUACAUAGCUUGUUUUAUAAUAAAUGACCUAAGUAAAAGUGAGUCUCAGCACAGUGUAUUUCUAUUAAAUGCAAAAAUGUUACUGAUGCACUGUUAAGAUUGAAAUGUUAUGCUCACUAAAAUCAGAAAAUGUAGAGUUAAGGGACCAGAGCCUCAGCUGGUGCAAACUGACAGCUUCCUUGGCUUCAUUGGAGCCAUAUUGAUUGACACCAACUGAAGAUCUGGUCCCAGGUUUCCAGAGACACUUUUGCACAGUAGGGUUUUUUAUCAUCUAAUCAUAACACGUAUAUAUGCAAUAACACAAAAUGUUGUAUUUGUUCAUAGAGUGUUAUAAAAGAAUGUGUAGUUUUAACAUGGAAGCCUACAAUCCUGUAUACCACGUUUACAGUUUUACAAACACAAUGUAAGAACACAAUGCAGCUUAUUUCCUUGGUAUGAAGUUAUUUGCUAAAUAGUGUUAUUUCAGUCAGGGUUGUAUGAUCCUAGACAGAAUAACACUUUUCAAAUAUAUGGGCCUGUCUGCUUCUCCUCUCACACCUGUAUAAAUCAAGAAUUUCUCCACCGGAGCUAAUGAAGAUUCAUGUGUGCAAAAACUAGUAUAAAUGCAUAAUCAGGCCCCUAAAUGUGCAAGCUUUAAAUUGUAAACUCUUUAGAGUAGAAUUGUGGUUUUCUUUUAUCUCAUUCAGCCCGUGUGCUUAAAAAUAGCAAUAAUCAAUAAAAAGGUGACAGUUAAGGUUGGGAAUCUUGCAUUUCCUGAAUUUCAUAGUACAAUCUAAGGGCCUUGUUCCACUACCCUACUCUGAGUGGGUAGCACUUAUUUACUUACUGAUGUCAAUGGAACGACUCAUGUGAGUAAGUACUAUGCAAUGUGAGUGCAGAAUCCAGCACUUAGUAGUCGCAUACUUUAGUCUCAGUAUACUAUGUAAAGUUGGCAUAUUAAUAAAGUGGCAAGGUGAGGCAGCAUGACCCAAUGGGUAUGGUACUAACCCAGCAUUUGGGAGAGCUGGAUUCAAUUCCCUGUUCUACUACAGACUUCCUGGGUGGCCUAUAGUCAAGCUAAUUAGCCUCUCUAGGCCUCAGUUCCCCAUAUAUAAAACAGGAAUAAUAGCAAUUCCUUAUCUCACAAGGAUGUUGUGAGGAUAAAUACAUUAAAGAUUGAGGUGCUCAUGUAACAGGUGCUUUUGCAAGUACCGUACCCAGAAAAUCUAAUAAUAGGUUUUGGCGUGUUUCCAAAUCUGCUCAGGCAUGAUAUCUUCCUUCUUAAUAAUAAUAUGGACUUGAGUUAUAUCAGCCUUCAACCAGUAAUCGACAUUCUAUGAGGAUGCAAAAUCUAAAGCAUCAGGGGAAGAGAAGAUGAAACCUAAUUCAGCACCAUUGAGGGCAAAGGGAAUUUUACUAUUGACUUCAGUGGAUCAGGAGAAGACUGAUAACACAGACGGGUAAUUGAAAAUGUAGGCCACUUUUUUUCCUAUGUGCUUAACGAAUGGGAACUAAAAUCUUCCUUUUGUGUAAACAUGAUCUGAGUUAAGGAUGAGCUCAUUACAAGAAUUCUGUUUCACGCCAGUCUUACUAAGAAUUGCAAUUAUAAUUAUAUUUUCAUUUCCACAAAAAGAAUAAUAAACUCCGAAUUUUGGAAGAGCAA